UGCCUAGAAAAAGAUCAAAAGUCUUGUAUUAUUACAGAAGCAGGCGAACCCAUUGAGGUCUGCCAUAUCCUUCCCUUCGCUAUAAGUAGGCCGGCCGGUCAAGAGCACUUCAUCUUCUGGAGCAUUUUGUCGGUUUUUUGGACAGAAGACAGAAUAAAUGAAUGGAAGCGGCAGAUCUUUGGAGAUGACGGAAUAGAAGUCUGUCAGAAUUUAUUAACACUGUGUCCCAAUGCGCACAGACUAUGGGGGAGGGCUCGAUUUGCCCUUCAGCCUCUAAGCAUGAGGGAAGAUAAAAAGUCGCUUAAAAUUCGUUUCUUCUGGUUACAGAGUCGAGAUUUCACGAAAAAUAUGAGAAUCACGGCACGCCCGUAUCUCCAUGCAAUAUUGGACUCAGGCCCAAGGCAUGCAAGACUCUUCGAUGGUCUGUCAGAAACAAAACUUUGCUCCGGAGAUACAUUUACAUUGACCACCGAUGAUCCACAAAGCAAGCCUCUCCCAUCUAUAGAACUCUUGCAAAUGCAAUGGACACUCCAACGACUUAUCGCGAUCAGUGACGCUGCUGGUGUCAAUGAUGAGGAGCUUUUUGAUUCUGACGACGGUUACGACGAUGACGAUGAGUAAGCUUCUGUCAAAGGGUCGCUUGCUGUAAAGCACUACUUCGCUCACUAAAGGACAUGAAGCCAGAUGCACAUAAGGAGGCAGAUGAUUUCCUAGGCAAGACGGACUAAC